GUGUGUGUGUGUUAUUCAAAAGGAAGAUGAAGUUGGUGUGUCAAGAGGAAAUCAGCUAGACUUCCCUUCAGUCUGACAGAAAGUAAAAUGUCGGCAGUGAGCUGGAGGGGGUUGUCAUCGUUUACAUGUAUGCAAAAGAGCUGCAGUGUGCUUGUUGGGUGAGGGUGUGCAGGCUUUAAAUAUUCACCUGAGUUCAUCUGCCAAAUGCGUUACAUCACAUACACCAUACAGCCUAAAUAUUUAGCUUAAUGCUGUCUCGCACAAGAAAGUUUGAACUGUUUUCAAAGGAUACGUCAUGGUUAUUUUGUAGGCAGUACUGGGUGAAGUGUUCUGUGUUACUCUGAAAAAUGUCCAACAUUUGGUCUAUCCUCAUUGAUUGAAUGAUCCAUUUAAAAACAGGUGGAUAUCAAAAUUUGACUGUGGUCUCCAAUGAGGAGAUCCUUUUUUUUUUGCAUAUAAACCACACGAUUGAUGAUGUUAUGGAAAUCCCGGUGUGUGUAUUUUCAGUUCUAAAGAUCAUGCAGUCAUUAUUUAAAAAUAGAUUGAAUGACACAUUGCUGUGCCAACUAGGAAAAACCGUGUUGGCUAAACUAGUGGUAUGACUAAUGAAUCUAUGGAAAGCAAUUUAAACAUUUGCGGUGCCAAGAGGGUGAAUCCCAAUGACCUGGGUAAUCCCUGCAUCUCUAUAAAGAUAUGUGCACAAAGUCACCUGUAAUAAUUUGCAACAAGACAAGCUUUUUUGCCACCAGAAGCGUUCUUUAUGCAAGCAGUAGAUUUACCAAUCACGUUUGGGCAAACUGUCUGUGUGGAUAUCAAGAGAAGUCUACAGGUACUUCACUCACAACCUUCUUGCUUUUCUUGUAUUUUAUUUUGUAUUGUUUGGUGCCUGUUUUCAGCCACGCUGGGCUGUGUACACCUCACACAUUUGAAUAUGUGAAGUGCUGUGGAGGAAAACCCUAAAUGAACCGCCUAAGUCUCUAUGUACAUAAAGUAAAGCCCAUUAACGACUCUAACAAGUAAUCACAUCAAGUCUCUUUAAGAAAAGGAACAAUCCUAAGCCAUUUUGUUGAUCUCUUCAGCCUCUGUAAUUGAAACAUAUAGACCUUUUAUGAAACGGUUUCAUUCUCCUUGAGUUGUACCACAACACCACAUCCUGAGGCAGUGCUUAAAAUAAACAGGGGCUUGUGAUAGGAUCUAUACAGGUUCGUUUAACACGUAAAUACACAUUGCGAGUACACUCUUUUGUUUUACAUGCUAAUAUUUACGAAACCCGUAAGUAGAGGGCCUUUAGAAUGUCAGGACAUUAUAUACUCCCCGGGUAUCCAGGUGGAUACAGAACACUAUGUCAUCAGAAGUGUUGUACAUCCCUGAUUUAGUAGUUAAAGGGAAAAUAUCUGUAAAUAUGUUCAGAAAAAUAACAAUUUUAAUACAAAGCAAUUGACUGUUUCUUGGGGAGUUCCUCAAGGCUCAGUGUUUGGCCCCUCAUGGUUUUUAACACAACUCUAACUUUAUUUUUAUAUAAUUUAAAGUAGAAGUAGAUUCACCGUUUUACAUACUACAAAUAAAAAGGUGAUGUUUUUCAUUAAUGAAUGCUACAAUCUGAUUGCUUACAUCAGGACAAUUAUUUUUGUGUGUGUUUUAACACUUUUCAAAUAUAAAUCAAUUGGAAAAAAUAUACUUCCGACAUGUUUUCAGGGGAAAGAAUGUUGUUUCAAUCGGGCUUGGUGAAGAAACAACAUUUGGAGAAAACAAACUUUAAAAUAUACCUUUUGUUUAGGAAACACUACAUGUAAAGAUAUCACUGUGAAACGUUCCCAGCUAUUAUCUACAUUAAGACAUCAAAUGCUUUUGCGGGAAAAUAGUAGAAAUAUCCAAAUGAAAAGAAGAAUAUUUGUUUUUGCGGUUUCCAUAAUUACCCUUUUUAGGGUCAGAUACUUAAGCGACAAAGUACUGAGCCCUGCGUACAGUUAUAAAACAGGGGCGUUUGGUAUGUAGUGGUUUUCCAAUCCUACUUAAUAAGGAUCAAGGGUUGUUGUGAGGGAUUCUGGACUUUAAAGACUUUAACAAACACUGGUGGUCCCUCAGAUCUCAGCAGUGCCCCGGACAGAGAGGUCUAGACGUUUCAAGUCUUUGAGUGGUGCACCUGGAAAAUGCAUUUUCGGUAAAGCCUGUGUGAGAUAAAUCACUGCGUCCUUCAUUGAACGGAAAGAAGGAACUCAGGUAACUAGAGUUGGAGGAAGGACGGCCGAGCUUCCCUCUCAUCAAGUUCCAACUGCCCAAAAGAUGUCAACCACCACGGUAGACAGCGCAGGAAGUGGAACUAAACUCUACAAACACAAGCCCACGGCAGCAGCCCUGAAAGGAGCCAUCCAGCUGGGCAUCGGUUACGCUGUGGGAAACCUCAGCUCCAAACCGGACCGAGAUGUUCUCAUGCAGGACUUCUCCGUGGUGGAGAGCGCUUUUCUGCCCAGUGAGGGCAGCAACAUGACUCCAGCACAUCACUACCCAGAUUUCCGUCUGAAGACGUACGCCCCGCUGGCCUUUCGCUACUUCAGAGAGCUGUUCGGCAUCAAACCAGACGACUAUCUGUACUCCAUCUGCAACGAGCCUCUGAUCGAGCUGAGCAACCCCGGAGCCAGCAGCUCCUGGUUCUACCUCACCAGCGACGAUGAGUUCAUCAUAAAGACGGUGCAGCACAAAGAGGCAGAGUUCCUGCAGAAGCUGCUUCCUGGGUACUACAUGAAUCUGAAUCAGAACCCGAGGACGUUGCUGCCCAAGUUCUACGGCCUUUACUGCAUCCAGUGCGGCGGCGUCACCGUCAGAGUGGUGGUGAUGAACAACGUUCUGCCGCGCGCCAUAAAGAUGCACUACAAGUACGACCUGAAGGGUUCUUCGUACAAACGCCGAGCAUCACGCAAGGAGCGCGUCAAGUCCUCGCCCACGUUCAAAGACCUGGACUUCCAGGAGAUGUCCGAGGGCCUGCACUUUGACGCGGACACCUACAGCGCCCUGAUGAAGACGCUGCAGAGGGACUGUCGGGUCCUAGAGAGCUUUAAGAUCAUGGACUACAGUCUCCUGCUCGGGGUUCAUGUUUUAGACCGGAAGCUGCUGAGCAGAGGAAGUCGAUGUGACAGCAGGAAGGGACAGAAAGUCCUUUACUCCACCGCCCUCGAGUCUAUCCAGGGGAACGUGAAGGCCCCCGAACCUGUGGCUGAUGACGACACAUUUGGUGGGAUUCCUGCCAAACAUAAAGAUGAGAACCUUCUCAUCUUUUUGGGAAUCAUCGAUAUCCUUCAGUCCUACAGGUUUAUCAAGAAGGUGGAACACUCCUGGAAAGCUCUUGUACAUGAUGGGGUAACUGCACAUCCUCCUUCUGACUCCAACUGCAUAAAUAUUCAUGUACACAGUUGCGCGUGUGCGUGUUUGCGCUCUGACAUUGUCCUUUAUUUUCAGGACACGGUGUCGGUUCACAGGCCCAGUUUCUAUGCGGACAGAUUUCUGAAGUUUAUGGGCUCGACUGUAUUCAAAAAGAUUCAUCCUCUACGAGGAGCAUCUUCAAAGAGGAAGAGGACUUCCAUGAAUGCUGCAAAGUCCGCCUCUCAGGAGUUUCUGUCCCCACACAGAGAGGAGAAAAAGGAGGAGAAGAAAGCCCAAAGUUUGGACAACCUGGAUGGAAACUUUUACAGUUCCUCCAAGCAGCCGGAUAUCCUUCCCAGAGUUUCAUUCAAGGCCACAGAAAAGGAUGAAGAGGACCUUGAUAACGGUGAAGAGCGCCGAGCCUCCAGUUCAACCAUCGCUCUGGAAGAUCCUCUGCCGUCUCUCAGCAGGAGCCAGUCAGACUCUGAACUGGACGUCUACUUGCGUCACACAGACUCACCCAGACCCCCAGCUGGAGCUGAUCAGUCGCUUGUGUCCCAGCAACAAUGAAGUUGAGGAGCAACCUGGACUUGUGACCUUCCAGUCCCACAAUGUCACAUCAGGACCUCAGAACAUGUGUGACACCAACUCUGUGCCUUUCCUUUUUAAGUCAAAAUGUAUGUGCCUAAUCACUGGCUCCUUUGUAGGCAUCCCAUCAUUUACAGAUGGGGACACAGUCACUGAUCCACUGUGUCACAGUAAAACACUAUGAAGCUGUUUCUUCUCCUGUUAUUUGCACUCUGCUGCUAAUUUUACAAAAGUGCUAACAAGAAAAUUGACUUUGACUUCUACUUUUGGACGUCUGAAUUUUAUGUGCAAAUGUUUAAAUAUGCUCAGUGGCUGGAUCCCUGAGGAAAUUGAUUGUCUUAAAAAUCAAAAUUCAGGGAAAAUAAUGCUAUUAUUUUCUAAUUAUAUUAUAAUAAGAGCCGUGUUGACUGGAAUCUGAAAGAAAAAUGAAUCUAUUGAUGCCUUGAAGCGUGUUUAUAUCCUUAUAAACCUCAUGUAUAAGUGAUUUUUAGAAUCCCAAAUUACUUGCAUCAAUAUUAGGCUACAUACUUAUUAAUAUAUUCUAUAUGUUCUAUAUUCUAUUUGUGUAUUUUUUUUCUUCAAACAUUCAGAAUCUGCUGCCACGUUGACAAACAAGUAUUUGCUUUUUUCUCUGGUUAGAACAAGAUUCAUAUUUUAUUACUACCUUUCCCUUUCCCUGUGUGUUUUAUUCUCUGCAGAAUGUUUUCAUCUUCCCUGGGAUUUGUUCAAACAAAUGUCUGUUUUAAAUCCUGGAAGUGAAUUAGUACCAUUUCAUGUGUUUUGUCUUCUUUUUGCUUUUAAAAGUUGAAAAAAAAGAGUGCUUUUACGUGAUUUAUAGGUCUACAACUGCAUUAUAGCAAUACUUUGAGAUUGUAUCUGUGAAAUAAAUCCGUCCUAAAAAGAAA